AAAUUGAUGCCUUGUAGGAAAAAAAAAUCACAGAUGAAGCAAGCAGCUAACGAUGGCUCACUCAAAGGCUCUCUUAGUUCUGGAAAACUUUAUAGGUGGCAGAUUUGUUCCUUGUUCCUCCUACAUAGAUUCCUAUAAUCCAUCURCCGGAGAUGUCUAUUGCAGGGUGCCAGACAGUGGCAAAGAAGAGGUGGAAGCUGCUGUCAAAGCUGCCAAAGAUGCCUUCCCAAUUUGGUCCUCAAAAAGUCCUUCAGAAAGAUCUCAGAUCCUGAACAAAUUGGCAGACCUGAUUGAACAUGACCUGGAAGAAUUUGCACAAGCAGAGUCAAAGGAUCAGGGAAAAACCAUUACGUUUGCCAGGACAGUGGACAUCCCUCGGGCUGUGCACAACUUCCGAUUCUUCGCCUCUUCCAUCCUUCACCACGUCACUGAGUGCACCGAGAUGCCAGCCAUGGGCUGUAUGCACUACACCUCGAGGGCACCUGUGGGAGUUGCUGGUUUAAUCAGUCCUUGGAAUUUGCCACUGUAUUUGUUGACUUGGAAAAUAGCUCCUGCCAUUGCAUGUGGGAAUACUGUGGUAGCCAAGCCAAGUGAGAUGACAUCUGUCACAGCUUGGAUGAUGUGCAAGCUCUUGGAGAAAGCAGGGGUGCCUCCUGGGGUGGUGAACAUAGUGUUUGGAACGGGUGCCAAGGCUGGAGAAGCCCUGGUCUGCCACCCCGACGUGCCUCUCAUCUCCUUCACGGGAAGCACGCUGACUGCACAGCGCAUCACAGAGAAAAGUGCUCCCCACUGCAAGCGGCUCUCGCUGGAACUGGGAGGCAAAAACCCCGCCAUCAUCUUCGAUGACGCCGACUUGAGCCAGUGCAUCCCCACCACUGUGAGGUCCAGCUUUGCCAACCAGGGUGAGAUCUGUCUCUGCACCUCCAGGAUCUUUGUUCAGAGGGGAAUAUACAAUGAGUUUUUGAAGAGGUUUGUGACAGAGGCCAAGAAGUGGAAKACUGGAAAUCCCUCAGAUCCUACAGUCAACGUGGGAGCACUAAUAAGUAAAGAACAUCUGGAAAAGGUAAGGAAYUAUGUGAAGAAAGCCCAGGCUGAAGGAGCCAGAGUCCUCUGCGGAGAGGGAGUGGAUCCUUUGCCUCUCCCACCCGGCAACCAGAAAGGCUAUUUCAUGUCACCCACAGUUAUUACUGAAGUCAAAGAUGACUCUUGCUGCAUGCAAGAAGAGAUCUUUGGUCCCGUGACGUGUGUGGUAGCAUUUGAUACGGAAGAAGAGGUGAUCAAAAGAGCCAAUGGUGUGAAAUAUGGCCUGGCAGCCACGGUCUGGUCCAGCAAUGUGGGGCGCGUUCACCGGGUGGCACACAGGCUGCAGGCUGGGCUGGUGUGGACCAACUGCUGGCUCGUGAGAGACCUGAACUUGCCAUUUGGUGGGAUGAAAGCCUCAGGCAUAGGAAGGGAGGGAGCAAAGGAUUCCUACGAGUUCUUCACUGAGGUUAAAACCAUCACAAUAAAGCACUGACAUGUCAGCCAGAAGUAUUUUAGAGUGAAAUAAAUGACAGCAGUCUAAGUUACCAAAAAUGGCUCUUUAGAACACAAAUGGCAGCUAUUGUGGCCAUCUUUUUCUUGAAGAAAAAGAUUACUUUGGUCAAGUAAUGUCAAUGACAGCUGAAAACAGUCAUCCCAAACGCUGCUGUUAAAGGCAGCUUUUCAUUUUGGAUAAGAAGAUCAGUGUGGACUCCACAGUCAGCUCAUACUAAGCCAGAUGACUUGCCUGUCUUACAGAUCCUACAGCUUUUUGAGUAUUCCUGUCUCAAAAAUCUGUCCCUUUGGGGCAGAUUGGAAAAAAAGUAAUAUAUGAUGGUACCUCUGGUUGGUAAAGUACCCAGAGGGACAAAGUGGCAAGCACAUGGUGGGGCUGAUAUUGUAAAGGGGAAUCAGCCAUUUUCACUCUAAACAGUAUGGUCCAUGUAUCCAUCCAUACUUCACUUCACUGAURUCAGACAGAGACUGAUACUGUACCACACCAAGAGCCUGAGCAAUGACCUUUAACCUACUAAACUGGUUUUAAACCAUGGAGUCAUGACAUUCUCAUGAUAUUAACAGAGACAAUAAAUGUUUUAAUGAUAACCUUCUUUAUGGCAUGCAGCUGAAUUAUCCUAAUACCUCUUCUCUAACUAUUUUGAAAUUAAAGCCUUUUGUCAGUUCUAGACCUGAGUGAUGGUGGUUUUUACAUCYCUGUACAAAAAUAUGGCUGCAUCACAGACAGCCUCACUCUUCCUUAAUAAAACCUUGGAUUUACUCMUAAGAGAACCAACUGUUGGAAAUGUUUGCCACCAAAAUGCAAAACCACUUCCAUCUCUUCCUCAUGUGUUUGCAGAGAUUUUAUUAAAAUCAGGUAUCUUUCAAACUUGUUUAUUUUCAACAAAAAGAGAAACAGAGUUGGAUACACCUUGACAUCUCUGGAUCCCACCCAGUUUCAGAGCAGACCUCCCAGCCAGGCUGGGACUGUGGACAUCUGAUGGAUUUGGUAAAAGGACUCCCAGGUGAAGGCAAGUUAAGGAAAUACAUAAAAAUAAUAAGCAUAGUAAAUUGAUGUAUUCUGAAGAAGCAUAAACAUUUUAUUUUAUAACUGUCUCGUUCUGUUCAUGACCAUGUGGUGGCAGCAGAACACCUGCUUUGGUGUUUUUAAACCCCCGUCACUGAGAUGGGAGGGGAAUAAACAGCCAUAUCAGUA